ACUCAGUGAUGCAGGGCCUCUCACUGGAGGGAUUCCGAAGGAGCUGCCGCGUGACGAUGCUCCGUUAAACAGUCGAGUCUCUCCCCUCUCCUCCUCGUCCUCCACCACUCUCAUCCCUCGCUCUCUCUCUCUCUCUCCCUGUCACAUAGCCCAGCACUAGAUAAAUCUACUGUCCUUUUUUUCUUUUUUUUUUUUUUAAAACGGCGGAUAAUACAUCGCCAUGCGUCCGUCUCCCUCAAGGCAGGGCAGAAGAUAAGAGCGGCAAGCAGCAAGCAGCAGCAGCAACGGGGUCGAGGCUCCUCUUUUUAUCCCCUCCUUUCUCCUAGUCGAGGCAACCACGUUUUCUUUUUUUUGAUCUGUUUGUUUCCAGUUGAGUGUUUGAGGCCGAGAAGAUCCGGAGCAGUGCUGAACAGGACAUCGGCGGGCUCCAGUGAACCACCUCCAAGGAAAGACAGAGCAAAGGGGAGACCAUACCAAUUAGCAAAGGCUAAAAGAAGAAACGCUACAACUGUGACUGUGUCCGGCUCGACACGGCACCUCCGGAGCUCUUUCAGAGGGCUCCAUUGAGUUAAAGCUUCCGCCCAGCUGCCUGGCACAACCAUGGACGAGAACCGAAUGGAAGCCCUGGCAGCGCCCCAAGUCCCCACCACUGCCUCCGCCAUCACCACCAACGUCACCGAGGCCGCUGGGCCGGGGGGUACUGAGCCCAAAGAUGAGGCCUUCUCCAAGCUCAAGAACAAGUUCAUGAACGAGCUCAACAAGAUCCCAUUGCCGUCGUGGGCCAUCAUUGCCAUUGCCUUCGUCGCCGUCCUCCUCAUCCUCACCUGCUGCUUCUGCAUCUGCAAGAAGUGCAUCUUCAAGAAGAAGAACAAGAAAAAAGGGAAGGAGAAGGGAGGCAAAAAUGCAAUCAACUUGAAGGAUGUCAAAGACGGAGGGAAAAUAGAGGCCUUGAAGGAUGAUGAUGAUGCUGAGACAGGGCUGACGGAUGGAGAGAAAGAGGCGGAGCCCAAGGAGCAGGAGAAACUGGGCAAAUUACAGUUCUCCUUGGAUUACAAUUUCACUGAGAACCAGCUCAUUGUGGGGAUCAUCCAAGCGGCGGAGUUGCCUGCUAUGGACAUGGGCGGAACAUCAGACCCCUACGUCAAGGUGUAUUUGCUGCCUGACAAGAAGAAGAAGUUUGAGACCAAGGUUCACAGGAAGACCCUCAACCCCACCUUCAACGAGCAGUUCAUCUUCAAGGUCCCCUACACUGAACUGGGCGGCAAGACUCUGGUCAUGACGGUCUACGACUUCGACCGCUUCUCCAAGCACGACGCCAUCGGGGACGUGAAGAUGCCCAUGAACAAGGUGGACUUCAGUCACGUGACGGAAGAGUGGCGAGACCUGCAGAGCGCGGAGAAAGAGGAGCAAGAGAAACUUGGAGACAUCUGCUUCUCCCUGCGGUACGUGCCGACCGCCGGCAAACUGACCGUGGUCAUUCUGGAGGCGAAGAACCUGAAGAAGAUGGACGUGGGCGGCUUAUCAGAUCCGUAUGUUAAAAUCCACCUGAUGCAAAACGGGAAGAGGCUGAAGAAAAAGAAGACGACAAUCAAAAAGAACACGCUGAACCCCUACUACAAUGAGUCCUUCAGCUUCGAAGUGCCAUUUGAGCAAAUCCAGAAAGUGCAGGUGGUUGUGACUGUUCUGGACUAUGAUAAGAUCGGCAAGAACGAUGCCAUUGGUAAGGUCUUUGUGGGGCUCAACAGCACGGGCACCGAGCUGCGGCAUUGGUCGGACAUGCUGGCCAAUCCACGGAGACCCAUCGCCCAGUGGCACGUGUUGAAACCCGAGGAGGAAGUGGACGCCCUGCUUAGCACCAAGAAAUAAGGGGGGGGGGAUGCCUUUCAAUACCUGCCCAUGUAGUGCUCUUUAGCCAGUAUGUGUAAAUACCUCAGUGAUAUAUGGGUCCAUUCAUUUCCACCUUUCCAUCCACCCCUACCCAACAGACCCCUCCCCCCAUUUUACAAACAUUGAUGGUACCCCGCACCCCUCCUGCAGAUUUGCAUUAAAGUUUCAGGUGUAGAGGCCCUAUUAGAAUCCCUCCUUUGUUUACACCUCCAUGACCCCCUACUACCCCCCCAGCCCUGCCCAAAUGCCCCCUUCUUUUAAGCAAUAUGAUCUGUAUAGAUAGCGCAUGACUGAAAUUAUUUAUUGUACCAACACAAGUUGUAUAUAUCGGUAUGCAGACAAAAAUGAUUUCUAGUUUAUGUGUUUGUAUGUUGUUUAGCGUUUCCUAAUCUGUGUAUAUCUAGAUGUUUUUAAUAAGAUGUUCUAUUUUAAAAGAUGUAAAUGGAGAUAUAGGAGAGCUGAUAUUAUAUAUUACGGGAUUCAAAAUUCUAUCUUACUGCAUUCCAGAAAAAUAUUCUAACCUACAAGAUGCUAGAGGUGGUAUACUCUCAUUGUAAAGGACGGGAUCAGCCUGUAUGUUUACCUACCGAACCAUUAACCAAUGAAUACAAAAGCAAACAAAUGGUAGAAAAACAAGGCCAUUAACUAAUAUGGUUCCAUGGAAGAUAUGCUGCUGAGAAAUAUAUAAGCACAUGGUUUCUUAUGACUUUUUAUACUAUCUUCUUUUUUGUUUGAGAAAUUUUGAGUUCAU